AUGCAAUCUUUAAAAAAUACUAAGGAUCUAUCUGACAAAUUAUCUGAUAAAUAUGUUGUUUCAUUUUUAUCAAGAAAUCUUGCAGCUGAUGAAUCUUUGGAAGAUUUUAAUGAAGUUGAGGAUUCUGUGAAUAUUGAUGAUAUAUGUACAGAGUUAGAACAAACAGUAAUUAGUGAAAGAAGUAGGGAAAAAAGUACUAGAGGAAAUGAUCAGAAUAAAGGUAAAAAAAAUAGUUCAAGUUCUGGGAAAAAAGCUGCAAUUUAUGUGCAAUUACCUAAACCACCUAGUUUUGAUGCUUUAGUUCACAAUAUAUCUUAUCAUAAAGGUUAUAUAAUUAUUCUUACAACUAUCAUAUCAAAUACAAAUGAAUAUGCUCAAAUAAAAAAUGCUAAUGCAAUGGGACGAGUAUGGACACUACUAACAUUAGAUGAACUAAAGAUUUGGUUAGAAAUUGUUAUCUAUAUGGGUGUUAUUAAAUUACCAAGAGUAACUGAUUAUUGGACUAUUAAUUCUAAGUUUUCUAAACAUAACAUUAUACAAAAAAUUAAAGUUGAACCACUUGCUUCUCAUAUUAGAGAUAUUAGUAAGCAACUUUAUAUACCUAGGUCACAAGUAUCAGUUGAUGAAAUGAUGAUACGUUUUUCAGGUUAUACUUACACAUUUACUUUUGAAUCACAUAUUGUAAAUAAUAGCGAAAUUACAAUUAUUCCUGGUCUUAAUAAAACAGGAUCACUUGUAUUAUAUAUUGUUACUCAACUACCAAAAAGGCAUGCAUAUAAUAUAUAUAUGGAUAACUAUUUUAUAAGCAUUCUACUUUUUUAUUAUUUAAGAACAAAAGGUUAUAGAGCUUGUAAUACAGUACGAACAAAUUCUUCAAUGUUUUCUAAAAUAUUAAAAUUCGAAAAAUCUAUUUAUCUGGAUUGGAAUAUUUUAUCUGGUGUUGUUGUAAAUAAUGUUUUAGUAAUGUUAUGGGUAGAUAAUGCAAAUGUACAAAAUAUUUUUGGUGAAGCAUCUCAAAAAGAAAUUUUAAUUCCAAAAAUUAUUAAUGACUAUAAUCAUUUUAUGGGUAGUGUUGAUACAGCAGAUCAAUUUAGAUCAUAUUAUAAUUGUCAAAUUACUUCUUUAUGUAACUGGUUGCCACUUAUGUUUUGGUUAAUUGAUAUGGCAAUUGUAAACUCAUAUAUUAUUUAUAAACAAAAAGAUAAUUUAACUUAG